AUGAACCAAGAAAAUUAUACGGAUGAACCGAUAAAAAAAUCACGUAGAAAGCCUAAUUUUACGGGACCGGAACGUUUACAUUUAGCAAGAUCAUAUGUUGAAAAUAUUGAAGAAUACAAUCGAGGAUUUACAGCAUCAACUCGAGGUGAUGCUAAACAUGGACGACAAAGACUAUUAGAAAAAUGGGCAAAUGAAUUAACUGCUUUUGGUGUUGUUGAACGUACCACUAUUGAAGUGGAACAAAAAUUAAGAUUAUUUUUCAGAGAUUACAUGAAAAAAAUAAUCGGCAAUAGCAAAAGGCCACAUAAAAGGCCGUUAAGUCCAGCCGCCGAACUAUUAAGUACUGUGAUACCUCAAGUCAAUCAUAACUCGGAAGAAGCGACAGCGAUCUCAGGUACCUCAAAUUCGAUCAGUGAUCCACAGACAGAAUAUGCUGAUUUUUUGCUCAAACAACAUCGCGCUGCUACUACGUCGAGCGAUUCCAUUGACAAUAGCUACAAUGCUGCAAAUUCAUCAAUACCGCCAGCAGUUGAUUUUACGAUGCAUAUUGAAGACACGACAUCAUUACAAAGGGCACUUCUUGCACAGCAACUAGAAAAUGCACGAGCUGAUCAUGCACUUAAAUUAGUUGCAAUUGAAAAUGCACGAAUUGAACAAAAACUUAAAAUGGUCGAACUGGAAAAACGUAAACUGGAGCUACAACGAAUACAACAGGAACAUGACCGUUUAAUAAAUUUUUCGACAAAUUUUAUCAAUAAUGGCAAUAAUAACAAUAAUAGCAAUGAUUCGAUGUAUGUUAAAGGUAAUAUUAGUGAUGAUUAA